AUGAAGAACCUUCCAAUAUCACUAGAAACCGAUUCAAAUUAUUUGAAUUUAACUCGUAAAAAUCGAGGAGUGAGAAAACGACAUCGAACUCAUUUCACUCCUCAACAAGUUGAAAAAUUAGAAGAAAUUUUUACUCAGCAAACUUCAAGUCCGUACCGUGAAUUAAUUCUUCAGUUGUCUACAACUUUAAAUCUUACAGAUAAAAAUAUCGCAAUUUGGUUUAAAAAUCGAAGAGCUAAAGAAAGAAAACAACAAAAUGAAACUGGAAGAAAGGCGAUACAAAAUAAAGUUUCCAAAGAGCUGAGUUCAACACAACAGACUGAGGCAAGGGAAAUAACUACCGAAUCUCAACAAUUACCAAGGGACGUAACUUGUCAUUACAGACCACAAAUAUCUAACUAUACUCCUCACCAGCCUUGGAAUAAUUUUGUAUCAAACAGACCCGAAUAUCAGCCUUAUUAUACACAAUCUGGAUGGAGAUUACCUCAAAAUAAUUCAUAUGGUUACCAGAAUCCUCAGCUUAGUUACCAGAAUCCUCAUUAUGGUUAUUCUGCGGCUCAAAAUGGCUACCCUGUUAACAGCUUCACUGCCCAGUUAUCUUCAGCCCGGAAUCUGGAUAGUUAUACAACAUCAUCAACAACAACAUCAUCGAACACAGUCGAAAUAUCUGGUUACCCUACAGCUAUCAAACAAGUUUCCAGCUUUCCAGAAAUUUCAAGUUACACGACAGCAGCACAGGAUCUGUCAUCGAACACACCUUCUCAAUAUGGCAGCCCAUUCCAGCAACCACAGUAUAACUUCUACCCUAAAUUUGAAAGUGCUACACCAAUCGUCGAGAAACAGAGAAAUUCUCCAGUGCACAAUUCAACUGGAAGCAGUCCAAAGCAUCAGAGUUUUGACUCCACCAAUUCAGUAUCUUCACUACCCAAAGAAUUGAUCGAUUUUAUUACAACUGAAACUUUACAGAAUUCGUCAGGUCAAUGUUCACUUUCACCCAUUUCUUCUGCCGGAAGUGACGACCAUAAUACAUCUACUGUUUCGUUUAAUGACUACAAUUUUCCAAGUCUACAAAAUCUGUCAUCAUGA